AUGACUGCAUCAGGGUCAGUUUUGCUGCUGAUCUGGCUGAUUGGCAUCCAGCUCACGCUUUGCUCUCGACAUGAAUUGCAGAGUUCGCUCGUCAAUCUGCUGCUUUUCAGCCGCCUGGAUCGGGGUACAGCUCAGAGAAUUGUGGCGCACAUGUACAUGCUUCCGGUGACAGCUGGCGAAAUCCUGAUUCAGCAAGGGGAUAGCGGAGACGCCGCAACCAAACUGUUUGUUGUGCGGAGCGGCAAAUUCGAGGUGUUGGAGCGUCGGAAAGAUGUCAUGUUCAAGGUCAACACGAAGGAGCGCGGUGACGUGUUUGGCGAAAUCAGCCUUAUGUACGACUGCCCCCGCUCCGCGACCGUGGCGGCCACCACAGACGCCAGCGUUUGGGUUCUGGAACCGGGAUGCGACGUGAUUGUGGAGGGCGGUCUUGGUGACAAGUUUUACGUCAUCAAGGAGGGGGAGGCGCAGGUGUUGCAGGGUGGCAAGGAGGUGAACAGGCUCUUCAGAUCGGACUUUUUUGGGGAGCAGGCGCUACUGCAAGAUGAACCACGUCGCGCCACGGUUCGCGCGAUCACGCCCCUGGUGUGUCUGACACUGGACCGGAGGACCUUCGUGGCGGUGCUGGGGCCGCUGCAGGACAUCAUGGCUAAGGAAAAGAGCCCGGAGGUGGUCAACCAGCGCAUGGCGAAGCUGAAGCCGCAGGGCAGUGCCGCACACCGGCGGCCAGGCGCGGAGGUGCUGAUCAAGUUUACGGGGCCGCAGCGGAUCAUUGUGUGUGAUGGCCAUAUGGACGAGGUGGUGGAGCUCAGGAGGGGAGGGGCGAAAAUGACGGACGAUCAACGUGAUGUCGAUAAGAAGCUGGUGUUGGUGGAGGGAGAGCUGCUUGGGGAGGGGGCCUUCAGCCGCGUGUGCAGGGUGACGGAGGAGUCCACCGGCCGUGUGUUUGCGCUCAAGCGAAUGGCCAAGUCGGCAGCUCUGCAAUGUCCGGAUCACGUGUUUUGCGAACAGCACAUCACACGGAACAUUGCGCACCCGUUUUGUUUGCGGCAGUACGCGUCCUUCAAGGACAACUUCCACUUGUACAUGUUGUUCGACUUGAUGCCCGGAGGCGAUCUGAUGGAUGUGCUGGUGGCGGAGGCCAAGGUGAUCAAGUACCCCAUCGCAGACAAGAACAGUCUUCGCAAGGGCUGCCUGGCGCCCAAGAUGAAGAUGUGGCAGGGCAUGGAGGAGCACAUGUCGCGAUUUUACGUCGCCUCAAUCGUGCUGGCGCUUGAGUACCUGCACGACAAUGGGAUCGCCUUCCGCGACCUGAAGCCCGAGAACGUGCUCAUUGAUGGACAGGGCUACGUGAAGCUGGGGGACUUUGGUUUCGCCAAGCAGAUGGAUGCCGGUGGCCGUACAUACACAUUUUGCGGCACCCCGGGCUACGUGGCCCCCGAGAACGUCCUGGGGAGAGGCUACAACCAUUCAGUGGACUGGUGGACGCUCGGUGUGCUCAUGUACGUGGUCCUUACUGCUCGGCAGCCCUUCACAUCGCCCAAGACACAAGACCCCAUGGAGGUGAUGCGCCGUAUCGUGGACGACCGUUGGCCGAUCAAGUACCCGCCGUACAUGUCGGACGAGGCGCGCGACCUGAUUAGCAAGCUGCUGGAGCGUAAACCCGUAAAGCGCAUCGGCAUGAUGCAGGGCCGCGCCCGAGACAUCAAGGCGCAUCCCUGGUUCGCGGGCUUUGACUGGGAUGCCCUAGCGGCGCGCCGUAUGGACCCGCCCCGCAAGCCCAAGGAAACGGACAGCUCCAAGCGCAAGGCUGAGCUCGCGGAGGCGCACCGCGCCGAGCCCCGAGAGCCCGCGAACGCGUCACCGCAGGAGAUGGCCGAGUGGGACCGAGUGUUCAAGGACUUUUGA